UUGGCAGGCACACAGGCUCUGUUGGUGGAGUGAUGGACAACGUGGGACACGUACAAUCGAUUCCCGCGUUUCAGACCCUCAUUUGAUGCAACUGCGGUUGGUUGUCCUUCUCUCUGUGCUAGUAGUAUCUUGUCUACGCAAGAGGCAACCGUCUAUACGUGUGUAAUAAAUAUCUUAUUGCCUGCGACAGAGGUCGGGCGUCGAGCAACUGAGAGAACGAGUGAGAAAAAGUGCGCAAGGGAGAAAAUGUCUUCUUCGAUGGUGGAGAUGGCAUCUCAGGGAGGUGACGAAGAGGGAAACGAACGGCUAGAUAAAUUACACAUGACAGAUCUUGCGACUACUACUCUCUAUCUUACUAGAGAGACGUUUCUUCAAGCGGCCAUCUCCCUGAAAGACCGGGUGAUAGAAGCUACAUGGAAGGAAAGAGGAGGUUUGCAGUUGCAGAGCAUGGACCCAACCGUCUACACAGGCUUACUUGGGACAGCUUUCACUUGCUUGAGGUCAUACCAGGCCACUGGCUGCCAAAGUGACCUGCAAUUAUGCGCUGAGAUAGUCGAUACCUGUGCAGCCGUGGCACGUUCCUCCAAAAGGCACCUGACAUUUUUAUGUGGAAGCGGAGGGGUCUAUGCACUGGGUGCUGUUGUUGCUAAUUACAAGGAUGACUGUCAAAGACGUGAUCUUUACUUGGACCUCUUCCUUGAGGUGGCGCAAGACAGAGCUCUUCCUAGUGGACCGGAAGAAGGUGGUUUUGGUAUGCCUUAUGAGCUUCACUAUGGUCGAGCCGGUUUUCUUUGGGCGGCCUUGUUCAUAAACAGGCAUCUUGGGGAAGUAGUUCCCAAAAACCUUCUCAUGCCGGUGGUUGAGGCAGUGUUGGCCGGUGGACGAGCUGGGGCAUCCGAUAACACAGCUUGCCCAUUGAUGUAUAGAUGGCACGGCACUGGGUACUGGGGUGCAGCCCAUGGCCUUGCUGGGAUCCUUCACGUGGUGCUCCACUUUCCUCUCUCUAGGCAAGACGCUGAGGAUGUUAAGGACACCUUCAGGUACAUGAUGAAGAACAGAUUUCCCCGCAGCGGCAAUUACCCGUCGAGUGAAGGCAACCCAAGGGACAACUUGGUGCAGUGGUCACAUGGUGCCACCGGCAUGGCCAUCACCCUGUGCAAUGCAGCCCAGGUGUUCUCGUGUGACAGGGAAUUCCGUGAUGCAGCAAUAGAGGCAGGGGAAGUUGUAUGGAAGAAUGGGUUGGUGAGAAAAGUGGGGCUUUCCGACGGUGUUAGCGGCAAUGCGUAUGCCUUCCUUUCGCUCUAUCGUUUGACUGGAAAGACCAUCUACCAGAAGAGAGCUGAGGCAUUUGCCAGUUUCUUGUAUCACAAUGCCGGGAGACUGGUGACGGCUGGUCAUGUCCGUCGGAACGACCACGCCUACUCCCUUUUCCAAGGGCUUGCCGGAGUAGCUUGCCUCUGGUUUGACCUCGUCUCCCCUGAAAACUCCAGAUUCCCAGGUUAUGAGCUCUAGGGAGACGCCGGAUCGAAGUGGGAGAAGAGACUGCAACUUAUUGGUGUUGUUGGCCUUGGUCAGACUAUCUAUCGACGGUUUUCAUACGAGGACUUUGAAGAUUUUAAGGAAGAUGUGAGGUAAUUUAGUAUUUCAUAUGAUGAAAAUACUUGAGAAGUUUUUUUCUUAUUUUUAGUUUCUAUAGAUUAGGCUGUCAAUGGGUUGGAUCAUGAUCUGAAUCCAAUGAAGUUAAAUUCUAAAUCUUAUAUA